GCUGAUCACGUAUACUUGACAUUUGACAUAAUAAUAACGAUCCAAGUUUUUUGCGUUUUUAGCAAUUCUUCGUCAAAAAACAUGAUUACAUAGGCGAUUAAAUCGUUUUAUUCAUUAAAAUGAAUCUACAUCAAAUUGUAAGCGGUGCGUGUAACGCUGGGGAUAAAUGUUUCGCCGUUGGAAGCGUCGAAGGUGUUCCCUUCACGGCAUACGCGGCUGGUUGUAACAUCGUUAUCCUUGCAUCGACGUUUGAAAGGGUUCAAAUUAUACCUGGGGCAGUUCACGAUUACAUUCGAAUUAGUUCGAUUGAUUGUUCUUGCGACACGGGAAAAAUUGCUGCUGCUUAUGAUACUACCGUCUGUAUUUACGAACCUACACCUUUAAUUAAUAGUAACUUAACGCAUGGGUUGGAUUAUCGAUGGGUUCAAACGGGUGCUUUAACCACUGAUUCUCCCGUACGUGCUCUUAGUUGGAAUUUGGAAGGGACUCGAUUGUUAACGGCUGGCAGUCUUGUGCAAUUAUGGCAUUUGAUGUCUCAACCGGUCGAACUUCCUGAACCUCAAGUUAAAUUUACUUUGGGUGGAGGGGAAACUAAUCCGGAUGGGGGUGAUGAUCGUGAUAGGCAACCUGAAGCUUUAUGGCAGUGUGUUUGGAAAGCGGCAACAGCAACUCCAGUUCAACACUUAGCUUUUAGUCCUGAUGGGACUCUUUUCGCUACAUCCGGUGAAAAUGAUCGAUUGGUUAAGAUUUGGUAUGAAAAUAAACACAUAUUUUUCACGAAAAAUACGGAAGUCCCGAGUGAAUUAGAAUAUGGAUUUGUAUACAUCGCUCAUCCAAGAACUGUUACACAUUUAUCUUGGAGAACAACAAGCAAAUAUAUGCCAAAGGGGGCGGUUUCUAAUAUGCUUGUAACUUCGUGUAAAGAUAACAUUUGUCGAUUAUGGGUUGAAACGGUUCUUCCUGAAGAUGGUUUGGUAAAUCUUUCUCAGUUGGAUCCUCAAGCUCACCAUCCAAAAUACAGAACACAUCGGCAUAAACACAGAUUUAUGCAACGUUUAAAACAUAUGAAAACUUGUUUCCAUAUUAGAAGACAUGCGAAACAUUCCGCUCAAGGUGCUUUUGGGCCAUCUCCACCAAUUCCAACGUUACCAUCAACAUACAGCGUUCAUGAUUUCCAUUCUUAUGGUUAUCAUGGUACAGGUGUGACUCCAGGUCUUCAUUUCCACCUGGCGGCUUCCGUUAACGCUGAAACCGACAUACCUUUGGUUCCGCGAAUGUCUUAUUGUAGUCCAAGACCGGCUUUCGUUCUUCAUUGGUUGGAUAAUAAAGAGAUGCAUUUCACCAUGCAAGCCGAAUCACUUAUUGAGGAAUUAACAAGGCGUUUUUGUGAAAAUCCCGAUGCGGAAUGUGUCUCAGAAGAACCUCUUAUGGAAUCAGGUGGACACGAUGGUUUAGAUGUUCGCAUAGAAACCCUCCUUCGAGAUUGGCACCACAGCCCCGAUUUAUUAUUUAGUAUACACCCCGUUGAUGGUAGCUUUUUAAUUUGGGUGGUUGAGUGGCUUGAUGAGUACCAUCCCGGAUCAUUUAGACAAGCUCAAGUUUCGUUUUCAACCCGAAUCCCUUCCGCGUUCCCCCUUGGGGAUAGUUUGAGCAUGUCGACAACUGUUAGCCUUUAUAGUACAGCUCAUUUUAUAAAACACGUCGUUAAAAAUGCUUUGAGGGAUUAUUCAGGGUUGAGUAUAGUUAGGGAGGAGGAUGAAACGAAUCCUGGCGAUGAAACGAGUAUUCCAAAACCGGAGGAGGAUAGUAAAGAAACGUCCCCCGUGGUUUAUUUAGUAACUAAACACGAUAAUGGGACGUUGAAUUUGUGGCAAUUAACUUUUGCCGAUAAAAGUAAAUACACUCAAGUUUUGAGUAUUGGUCAUAAUAGUAGAGCUUCAGGACAUCGAUUUCGUGUUAACGAUAUUACAUGCCACCCUGUACUCCCAUUAUUAUUAACUACGAGUCAUCAUAACAUCGUUGAACAAAAUAAAACAACUUCGAAAGGAAAUAUCGGUUUUUGUAGUGAGUUGAUUUUAUGGAAAGUUGAUGCUGUGGGGCCUUUAUCGAAAUCGGGGGGAAUUUGUGAGUUGGCUAGGAUAUCUUCCCCGGAACCUUCAGCUUUUAGUAACGUUGCAUGGAUUCCAACUUUACUACCGAGCAGUACUUUAGGAAAUUUAUCUAAUUCGCCCAGCGCUUGUUUUGUGGCUUCCGACGGGCAAUGUUUAAGAGUUUAUCAAGCCGUUAUCGACGCAAGGACUUUACUCGCUGAUAUUUCCUUCAAAGAAUCGAGAAUGAAUAAUAUCAAUGGAUCUGAAUCAACAGAAACUUCAUCAACGAACGAAGAAAGUUUGUUAGAAAAAAUUAACAUCGUUUCUCAACAAAGUACUUCAAGACCGGGGUGCAUAAUCCAAUUGGAAACUAUUUCACCGGCUAUUGAGUGGCAAAACACCACGUUUUUACACGUUUAUCAAGAACAAUUAAUAACGGGGCAAAGAGCAGCUAAAGAUAUCCCUUCAAACGAUGCUAUGGUUGAUUUGCAACAUAAUAUCGUGUUUGAACAACCUUUCUUUAUCGUUUUAUUAGACUGUACAGAUCAAAACACGAUCAUCCAUACUUGGAAAUUAACGAUUUCUUCGAACGAACCUGAAUUAUCCUUAACGGGAAGUCAAAUGUACGUUCCAGAUUGUAAUUUAGUACAAGACGAAAAUGAUUUAUCCCGCCGAAACAGCAUCGAGUCUUUACAUCUAAAACAAGCUAAAGUUAGUCCUCAUAUAAGCAUAACAACCAAACGGGAAAUAAAACAAGUUUUAAAGCUACCGGAUGGUGUUGAAAUAAUUCAUGCAGCCCCAGCAGCGGGUCAUUUAAGCUCGGCUUCGAUUUAUCCAGCUUGUUUGGCUCCUUAUUGUUUUGCGACUGCUUGUAGCGAUGGAAUGAUCCGAUUUUGGACGGUUUCUGAGGCGGUUAAUCAAGUGAGAGAGAUGAGGGAUUAUAUGUUGGAGGAGGAUGGGGAUAUUGUUAAUAACGGGAAAGUUUGGUGCGAAUGGAAUAUGGUUAAAGAAUCUGCGAUUGAUAUUGAUGGGCAAGUUUUAAAUAUAAGCGUUGCUUAUUCGGGGAGAUUAGCUUGCGCUUAUAAAUACGGGCGAAGUUUUACACGUCCGAAUAAAGAUCAAGACCACGAUUCGAGAUACAUUAAUUUAUGCGUUGCGAUUUAUGAAUGCGAAUCAACCGGGGGAACCGAGUGGAUUUUAGAGGAUGUUAUUCACUUAAAAAACAUUCAUUUACCAAGGAUUAGUAUCGAUAAACACCUUGAUUUGCGCUAUUUAUACGACCACAAAACCUUGCAAAAGAAGCAAAGAAUUAACGAGGUUCUACAUACAUUUUCGAACGAUGAGCGCCAAAAUUUAGCGACCGAACCCAACAUAAAACCCACGUUAUUAGCAGUCCCAAGUUUUAGCACGCUCCAAUCUUUAAGAAAAAGCAUAACGGAAAUGGGCAACAUUUGCCCGUUAACCCAAAAACACAUCGUCCAAUUAGAUUGGGUCUCGAACGAAGAUGGUUCUCAUAUAUUAACGGUUGCUUGUGGAAGCAAAAUCAUGUUAUACACUCCUUUAUCGUCCGAUUUAGCCCAAGCUAACGUAAAAGCAAUGAAAGAAUCGAUAACAACAAAUCGUCCCAUAUUAAGAAAGGCGAGUUCUUUAGCUCAACCCCUUUUUGUGGACGAUUUUAAAUGGAUGACGUUACGAAAAAUCGAACUUCAAACGGCGGAUGGUCUCCCCCCGCUUCCAAUGCAAAUAUCUUGGGUGCGAGAUGGAAUUUUGGUCGUUGGAAUGGAUUCGGAGAUGCAUGUUUAUUCCCAAUGGAAACCUCAAAAUUCAAAUCAACAGAUAACCUCGAACGAAACCGAAUUGAAGAAUGCUAGAGAUGUCGAUUUUAGAACGUUAACUCAAGAGAAUCAGCGGAAAUUAGCCGCGGUUCCAACUUUGGGUCGAAUUAGCUCGGUGAAUCUUCAAUUAUUAGAUCGAAAACGCAUCGCUGCUAAAGAUAGCACGAUUGAUUAUAUGCCCGAUUAUGGGUUGUUUGAAGCUUCGAGGAUAGCAUGCCCAGUUUUACCUCAAUAUCACCCAAAACAAUUAAUGGAGUUGUUAAAUUCCGGGAAAAUCCGAUGGGUUAAAGCGAUUUUAUCUCAUUUGGUGAGGUGUAUUGGAGGAAAUAUGGACUCAGUUGAAGAUAUUCAAGGAUGGGCUAGAACUAGGACUUUAUCGGUGAGUUAUCCAGCGGGAAGUCCCGAGCAUAGGGCGAGUAUUGGAGAAAUAGUUUUGGACUAUAAAGAAAUCGAUAGUAUCCCACCCGUUCCUUUAUGGACUUUAUUAGCCGCCGAUAAAGAACAACCAUUAACCCAAGAAGAAAAAAAAGAUUACAACGAAUUAUUCGACACAACCUUAUCAAUGGAUGAACCUUUAGAUAUUUCGUUAGAAGACCAAGACACAACGCGGUUGGAAAGACGCCCAUCCGAACGUAAUUUAGGGGUGGGUCAUUUCACCCCGCGUCAAGGUCGGAUUCUUUCAAGAUUAUUAACACACACUCACCUCCCAGGGCUUUCAAGUCUCGAUCAAAUGCAUCUUUUAGCCCUCGCGGAUACAGUUUCAACUUGCAACACAGAUUUAGCGGAAAGAUUCGCCAUAGAUGCUGCGAAAUCAGCUAUGGCGAAAGAAAACAUAAUUGGGCAAUCAGAAAAUGUGAUUACUGAUUCGUUAGAUGAUUGCGGUUUAAGAUUUUUGCUCGCAAUGAAACAUUAUAAUUAUCUGUUGAGGUGUUUACCUUUAGCGCAACGUGCACAAUUUCAAAAACAAGGUGUUGGAACUAAUAAUUUAGCUUGGGCUUAUCACUCCGAGAGUCAAGAGGAGUUGUUGAAUUUGAUUCCAAGUUAUGCGAAGGGCGAACCAACUUGGCCAAUUCUUCGGGAGUUAGGAGUUGGGUGGUGGGUUAGAAAUAUUAAUUUAUUAAGACAAUGUAUGCAAGUUUUAGCGAAAGCUUCUUACCAAAGUAAACAAGAUCCCAUGGAUGCCGCCUUGUAUUAUUUAGCUAUGAAUAAGAAAAGUCUUUUAUGGGGGCUUUAUCGCUCAAAGAAAGACCAAAAAAUGACGCAGUUUUUCGCGAAUAACUUCACGGAGGAUCGCUGGAGGAAAGCUGCCUUAAAAAAUGCGUAUGCUUUGUUAGGGAAGCAAAGAUUUGAGCAUGCCGCUGGGUUCUUUUUACUCGCCGGUAGUUUAAAGGAUGCCGUUGAAGUCUGUUUAUACAAACUCCAAGAUAUUCAAUUAGCCAUAAUCAUAAUUCGCCUCUACGAAAGUGAUGGCACCUCAUUAAAAAAACUCCUUUACCAAGAAAUUUUAGGAUGCGACACCGAAGGUAACAACCAAGACAUGUCAAAAGCCCACCCAGAUCCUUUCCUACGCUCAAUGGCUUUAUGGACCUUAAAAGAACACCAAAACGCUUUAAGCACGCUAUUAGUUGGAAACGCGGGAAAUCAACACCCCGCUCACGAAGACGACGAACGCCGAGAAUGCAAAGAAACCGACCCAAACGUUUUUAAUUUCUACGUUUAUUUAAGGACGCACCCCCUCCUUGUUAUGCAACACAAAGCUAAAUCGGGACAAAAAAAAGUUUGGUUACCCGGAGGGAAACAAGUUGUGGUUGAAGAAACGAUAACCCCGUUAGAAAGACAAUUAUAUUUUACAACAGCUCAUGGUCAUUUUAGAGCUGGAUGCCCCGCUUUAGCUCUUGAGGUCCUCUCAAAAUUACCUUACGUAGUUACCGAUUACACAAAACAAACUCCCGUGACUUCACCAAAAGAUAAAACAGAUAAUGAAAUCUCAACUGGAAUUUUAUCUUGGGAUUCUAAACCGCAAUUAUCUCAAAAAACAACCGAUUUUGAUUGGGGAGGAACCUCCGAUUUUAGCACAAAAACCGAUGAUUUAGUUUUGGAAUGGGAUGAACCCAAUGAAGAGGAUUCCGACGAUUCAGACGGAGGAAUCAGCAUGAACAUAGGCAAGAAUAAAAACGAUGAAGAGGAAGAUGAUAACGGCGAAGAUGGUGAUGAACAAAUUGAUAUUAUGGCGCAACAAUUAAAGUUUGUGGCUUGUUUGAAAAUUUUAAUGGAAGAAUUAUCUACUUUAGCAACCGGAUUCGAAGUCGAUGGUGGUCAACUCCGCUAUCAACUUUAUAUUUGGUUGGAGAAGGAAGUGGAAGCUUUGCGUGAAUUGUGUAAUUACGCGCCGACUGAAGUGAUCGAAACGACUGAUUUGGAUCAACUCCCUGAAGUUGAUACCGUUGAAACCAAAGAGCGACCUACUUUGCAUGAAAUUCUCGUUCAGGAGAAGUUAGAUUUUGAGGCGAAAGUUCAACGAGCUGCUAAAAGAAGAAAAUGGCUCAAAUCAAAUGAAACUUUAUUACGAACUUUAUUAAGUUAUUGUUCCCUUCAUGGAGCAACCGGAUGUUUAGCUUCGGUCCGAAUGGAAUUAGUUUUAUUAUUACAAGAGUUACAACAAGAAAAAACUCACCAACAACUUUUAAGUCCAUUACCGUUCCCCACGAGUUUACCAUUAUUAGCUGCCAGUGUUGCUAGUAGCAAAACAGUCGUUGCUGAUCCAAUAAGAUAUUUACAAAGUUUAACACACGAUAUGUUACAAACGAUGGUAGAAUUAUCUCAACCAAGUGUAAGCCAAAGUCAACUUUUAGUGCUAAGAGAUUUAGCCAUCGCUUUAUCAGCGUGUAUUUAUCAAUCAUUGUGCGAUUCAGACACAUUUAAAAAUGCAAUUCAAGAUUCACAGGAAUGCUCCACCCAUUUAGUUGGACGACGUAGAAGAAUGUCAACGAAUGAAAUCCAACAAAUAUCAAAUCUUCCAUCAAAAUGGCCGGGCGUAACUUCUUUAAGAGCCCUCCUCGCGCAAGAAAAAGACGAAGACACCCCAAGAUUAACCGUUUUAUUAUGCGAAUCUUUCGUGGCAACCUAUCUCGCUUUGUUACUUUAUGGAUUGGUGACUUGCGAUUGCGUAAUUUUAUUUUAUUUGGCUGCACAAAAGUUUGAUACUAAUGCAUGGGGGUCCCUCUUUGGUGGAAGUAUGAAAAAGUUAUUACGAACAGCAACCGCAUCAACACCAACCCCAAGAACUUCAACACCAACCGACGACAACACAAGUUGGUUAAAUAAACACCGAUCAAAAUGGAACGCGAAAAUCUUAGGACAUCAACAAUCCGUUAUGAAAGAGGAUAAACCAACUUAUCGCGAACAAUUCGUCCCCCCCGAAAUGAGUAUAAUGGCGUUUUUAUUAACAAAACCCGACGUGGGGGCGGAAUUCGAUAUUGACGAUGAAGAAUCGGAAAGCGAAGAUGAAGAAGUUUUUAAUAGCCCAGCCCCUGUUAAUAAUAACGAGCAUUCAGAUCCCAAUUCGUAUUCUUGGUUAGUUUUAAGAUUGGCAACGUUAAAAAUAGCUUUAGCAAGAAUUAACGACUUUUUAGGAGUUGCAGGAAUUGAAUCAAGCGAACUCCCCGUUGCAAGUCCUUUAAUCCACAGUAUGCAAAGACGUUUAAAUAAAUGGCUUGAUAAUUUACGAGCGGAAUUCGAUUGUAGACAAACCCCACCUGAAUACAUUCCGGGUUGUUUCGUCGAAAACACCCCCGGUCCAUUAAUCCAUAAAUACCGUCAAUUACUCGAACCCCACAACACCCCAUUUUGCAAUCAAACCGCUGCGGCGACGGCAAGACGUCUUUGGACUUACCUAGUUCAUCAAGAAUCUGUACGCGAUAUUUUUAUUCGAGCCGUUUUCGGAAAACGUCGCUCAAUGAGCGCUUUAGACGAGGUUCUUCCGCACCCAGAACCCGCAUCAGAAGCGGUCCGAAUUAUCCAUAAAGAACAAGAUUCCAUCGCUGCCUUCAGUAUUAACCAAGUCAAUUCCGGGCAGAUCGUAAUCGCGACUCCACGCGAACUCCAAGAAAUGGAUAUCUCGUUAUUGUUGGAACUCCCCGUUUGGUUGGAAGAUGAAUGCGAAUUGGACAUUUUAAGUAUUUCACGGCAAGAUCCCGAAGGGUUUAUUACACCGUUUUUGGUUGUUAAUACCGCGGGGGAUAAAGCGAAAAGUACCCCGGGAAGUCCACCACCUCAACAAGCUAGCCAAAGUGGGAGGGGAACCACAGUGAUAAAAGGUCUGAACUUUCCGGGAUGUCACGAUGCUGCGUUCGUUCAUCUUGUGCUGCAACGUUCGGCGCAUAUGAUGCGUUCGACUUUCAAGCAUAAAAUCGAUGGAAUCCGAAGGAUAACUUCGCAUCCAACGAUGCCACUUUAUUUAACUGGUGGUCAAGAUGGAUCUGUUCAAUUAUGGGAGUGGGGUCAUAGUCAAGCUGUCGCGUGCCCAAGAGAAUCGGGGACUUACGCUAAAGUUACAAGAUUGAGAUUUUCCCAACAGGGUAAUAAGUUUGGGGUUGCCGAUUCAGAUGGAAAUUUAAGCCUUUUCCAAUGUGGUUUAAAAGCAAAUUCAACCAGACCGUUCUUUACUCAUCAAUGUCACAAUAAAGGAAUCACCGAUUUCGUCUUUUUAAAUUCAUGCAGUUUAUUAGCAACGGCUGGGCAUAGUUCUGAAAGUAAAAACGUUUGUAUUUGGGAUACGAUCCUUCCGAAAGGAAAGUGUUUAACGGUGGCUUUAACCUGUCACGAACAAGGCGCUAGCAGCAUGGUUUACGCCCCUCAACACCAAAUUUUAAUAACCGCGGGUAAAAAGGGCGAUAUCUGCCUCAUUGAUACGCGUUCAAAAACGAUUCAUCAUCGAUUCCAAGCACACGAAACAGCCGUUAAAUGCCUCGCGAUUGAUCCGCAUGAAGAAUUUUUCGCCACCGGGUCUGCCGAUGGAGAUAUUAAGAUUUGGGGUGUUUCCGUGCCAACUCUAUUAAUGUCCUUCACUGCGGAACAUGCCAAAAGUAAUUUCUUUAAAAAUAUCGGGCCUGGAGUUACUCAAUUACACAUUGAUGCCCAUGCAAGAUUAUUUUCUUGCGGAGCUGAUGGUAGUAUGAAAAUAAGGCAAUUACCUGAUCGGGAAACGCUUUCUAAUAAUCACCAUUAGUAAGAAAAAUUAAGCUUCAAAAUCUAACCUUCAAAUGUUAAUCGUUAAAGAUUUAAUCGUCAAAGUAUUUAUGAUAUAUCGAUAAAGUUGUUUAAAGUAAGCUAAAUGAUGUGUAGAUUUAGAGAUUAAAAAACGUUUAAUUAAGUUAAAACUUGCUUAUUAGUUAUUGUUUUUUGUUGUUGUUAAUUUGCUGUGAAUUAAUUAAGAAUUAAAACAAGAUAAACGAAAAUUAAUCAUUUUUUUUAGCAAGAAAGAAAAUGUACAACUAAAUUUUGGCGGUAAGAAAUUUAAAAAUUGUUCCUUUAUGUCAUUAAAUUCCUUCCUUAACAUUAAAACGAUUUUAGAACAAAUUCAUCAAUUAAAUGAGUAUUGAGAUAAAAUAAAUGUUAAUUAAUAAA